AUGUCUCUGAACUCUCUUGUUGCACUCGAUUUGAAUCUGAAUAAGUUUACAGGAUCAAUUCCUACAUCUAUUGGAAAUAUAACCGCCCUAACCAUUCUAUCCAUGGCAGCCAACAAAUUUUCAGGACAUAUUCCUUCAAGAAUCGGAAACUUGACAAAACUUAAUGAACCAACUUUUUCUAGGAACCAGCUAUCAAGUCCUGUUCCGGAAGAGAUUGGGAAACUCAGAUCUUUUAUUCGACUCUUUCUAUCUGAGAACAUGCUCACUGGUCCCAUUCCAAAGCCUAUUGGAAACUUGCCUCACUUGAAUUUGCUGCAUCUUUACAAUAACUCUCUAUCUGGACCUAUUCUGAAAGAGAUUGGAAAGCUCACAUCUCUCGAGGAUCUUCAAUUCAAAGAUAACAAUCUCAUCAGCAAGAUUCCAUUUUCUAUUGGGAAUUUGGGAAAGUUAAAUAGUUUAUACCUUUUUGAAAACAAUCUCACUGGACAAAUUCCUUCCUCCAUUGGAAAUUUAACCAAUCUCAUUGAAUUGCUACUUUAUGAAAACAACUUACACGGGGCUAUCCCUCCUGAAUUGGGAAAGUUGAAUUUGCUAGUUGACAUUCUUCUUUUCAGAAACUGA